GAUCAUGAAGCUUUGUAUGAUCUGUGUUUUGAUUUUGAGCUAUGGUUGCCUUUCUUGCAAUGGCCAAAGCAAUAGGCUGCAAAUUGUCUACAACAAAGCUGAAAGAAUGAUUUCCAGCUUAAAAGUGCAGCUGGCAGAACUAAAACAGAGCUACACAGAAAUGACAGCACAGAAAGAGAAUCGAGAACCUGUGAUUAAUCCCUCCUCCUGUCUGGCUGCUGGAAUCAACACGGAUGGCAUCCAUGUCAUCGAAGUGCCUGGCCUGGAGCCCUUUCCGGUUUUUUGCGACACCCGACUGGCGGGAUCUGGAUGGACUGUUAUCCAACGGCGUCGGGAUGGCAGCGAGAACUUCUACCGCAGCUGGGCGGAGUAUAGCCAGGGAUUCGGGGACCUCAGCGGAGAAUUCUUUCUGGGUCUGCGGAAACUGCACUUCCUAACCACCGCGGAGCCCUACGAGCUUUACGUCUACUUGGAGGACUUUGACGGAGUUGUACAUGACGCACGAUACGAGGAUUUUGCCAUUGGCAAUGCAAACGAGUCCUAUUCGUUGUCCCUGUUGGGUAAAUACUCGGGAGACGCUGGGGACUCCCUGAGGUACCACCAGGGAAUGCCCUUCUCCACGUUUGACCACGAUGCUCUGGGUCACGGAUGUGCCAGGAUCUAUGUGGGUGCCUGGUGGUACGACCAGUGCGAGAGGAGCAACCUCAAUGGCCAGUAUCUGGAGGGCGGCAGAUUCGAGCCCAAGCUCUCGGGCCGCGGGAUCACCUGGAUGAGCUGGCGCGGCUACGACUACGGCUACAAGUUCGCACAAAUGAUGAUCAGGCCCAAGUGCUCCAACAACCUAAAGAGGCAGCCCAAGGCACAUUGAAUUCUUCCCCGACGCCGAGGGGCGAAAUCGCUUUAUUUCUUGAUAAACACUAUCAACAUUUUUGGGGCUUUUAUUUACAUUCUGAUGAUAACGUUUCCGCCGA